AUGGAACCAAAGAAACGCGCCGCUGAUGUAAACGAUAAUCUGGAAAAGAUUCAGAAGCGUUCGAGAAGGUAACGUGAAAAAAGACGAAGGAAUGUAAGAGUACAAAGAGAAUUUUACUUCAAGGUUUAACAAACGAUUAUAGACUGACUUUUUUUGACUGUGUCGUUGCACUUUUAAAAAGAGUGAAACGAAAUGCACUAAAACUGUAUGUCAGUCAUAUAAGAGCUAAUGAAGAGGAGAUACAUUCGUGUUGCGAACAAGAACAAAAAUGAAACUGAGGUGC